AUGUUGGGAGGGCAGUUAAACCCAAACGGACCGCCUCCUGUUGAUGGCCCACCGCAAUCUCCCUCCAAAUCAUCCAGCAUGGACGGUCUGCCCAUCAUUCCUCACCCCUCAUCAACGUCGUCAUCAAACAAUCUUGACUUGAUGAUCAACAGACCGGUCGUCCUGCCAUCUAUAGGUGCCAUACUACCUUCUACCGUAUUGCCACCACAACAGCACAUGCCUCCCAAUCCCAUGGCUGCUUCUCAGUCUCGACCCAGCACGAGCAUCAACACAAAUCCUCCAGUCAUGAUGAACAGACCACCUACUCUCCAUAUGAGCCAGCCGCCACCUGGCGGUCCUCCGCAACAUAUGGGUGCUGCUCAAGGACUACUCGCUCUACAAGGUCAACAACGUCCUCCUACCAUGAAUCCUGCUGCCCUCAAUGCUAUCUUUGCUCAAAUCAAUGGUCUCUUUGCUCGUCUACAUGCCUCUCCAAGCCAACAGACUGCCGGGGAGCUGGAACUGUUUGUCAAACAAUCAAUCAUGCCUGAUUUUGCUGUAGGUGAUCAAGCCUCAAUGGGUCGAUUGGUCCAACUCGUACAACGACAUCAACAGCAACAGCAGCAACAGCAACAACAACAACCUGUGAUGCAACAUGCAGCCCAACCACAACAAUCUCCAGUGAUGCUAUCUCAAAUGCCACCUCAACAACUUCAACAACAUCAAUUGCUUCAGAUGGCUCAGCAACAACAACAGCAGCAGCAGCAGCAACAACAAGCUAUGAUGAUUGCUGCUCAAAACAUGCAAUCUGCUGCCAUCAGCAAUAAUACUUCCACAAGUCAGUACAAGAGUCGUACCACUGGCUCACGUGCUCAAAAGAAUACUUUGAGUGCCAACGGCCAUAGAAUUGGACGACCUCCGCGUCGAUCUGAUGGAAGUCUGCUCAGUCAACCACCGUAUGCUCAAAGUCCAGUAAACAACCAACGAAAUGCAUCUAACGGUGGAAUGGCUCCUCCACCUCUACCAAUUCAACAAUCGCAAAUAAACCAACAAGGGCCGACAUCAGCAUACAUGCAAACUCAACCCAAUCCCGACUUGCUAAACAUGUAUGCUGCUCGUAUGAGGACUGGUGCUACUUCACUCAUGUCUAUAUCAUCAAGCAACAUCAUCUUGGGAAAACGUAAACGUACACAGACCACUAUAGCUGCCGAAAUCGACCAGGACCUGUCUGAAGAAGAAUCUGAAGCUGAUUCAGAUAACGAUGGUGGAUAUAGUAGGAGAAAGAGCAGGCGAACAGCUCAAUCUACUCCUGUACCUGUUGCUCAACCUGUUCCUGUAGUCGAUCCAGAAGCAGACAAGAAGAAGAUAUUGGAGGAAGUAGCUUUAUACUUUCCACGUCCUGGUAGUCGUAUGGCUGGCGAAGUUCCUGAUGGUAAAAAGACUCAGCAUCCUACCAAACAUGGAUAUAUCUCUCAUGAUGAUAUGAAGGAUUUGGCUGAUACAAAGGAAGUUUUGGUUCCAAUCAAGAUUGAAUUCGAGUAUGAAGGGUUUAAGGUUCGUGAUAACUUUACCUGGAAUCUUAAUGAGAAACACACAACUCCAUACAAGUUUGCCGAAAUGCUAUGUGAAGACUUGGAUAUCAAACCAGUCUCACAAUAUGCUUUACAGAUGGCUCAAAUGAUCCAAAACCAAUUAUCAGAAUAUGCUGCCUUUUACAGUGAUGUUGACUUGCCACCGGGAGAAGACGUCCGUGUCAAGAUCCAACUCGACCUAAACUGUGGCAAACUACACUUGCAAGAUCAAUUCGAAUGGGAUUUGAAUUCCGAUUACUUGCCUGAAGACUUUGCACGUAAUCUGGUAGCGGAUUUGGGACUGGGAGGUGAAUUCGUCAGUAUGAUUGCUUAUAGUAUUCGUGAGCAACUACAUCGUCACCGAGUCACGCAGUUAUUGGAGGAUGCUGAUGGUGGAGAACCACUUGUUACUAUCUUGCGUGAUGAACGUGAAGCUGGUGAAUGGGAGCCUGUGGUUCAUGUCUUGAAUGAUGAGGAUAUGGAAAAGCUUACUGCAGAACGUGAACGUGUUACUGCCAAACGUCUCAAAAAGGAAGCCAAGUUCCCUCCUCGCUCACUCAUCAAUGCUAGGUCUCGAAGAAUCGCAGCUGGUGCUGGAAUCGAUAUACGUCACAUGGAUCAAGAACAAGAGGCCGUUACAAAGGGCACUGAUGAUACAAGUGCAUUGAAAUGUAAUCAUUGCGGUUUGACUCAUGUCGUUUAUCGUCGUGACGGACCUGAUGGACCAAAGACUCUGUGCAACUCUUGUGCUUCAUACUAUUACUAUGAUGGAACGUUGCCAGACCAUCGUGAUGGAAUGUUCGUCGAUCCAAAAUCUGCUGCCAAGUUGCCCUUCGAGUAA